AUGGGCACCAAGUCUGAUACGACGCCAAAAGGCGAGUCGCCGCAACCCGUUGCGCAUGACACCGGUGUCGAUAUUCACGGUGUCGAUGAUGCUGCCAUUAUCCCCAAGGGCGCCCUCGACCCGGUCUACGAAGCCAAGGCGCGAGUCCUAAACCGCGCGAUCCAAGAUAUUGGCAUGGGAUGGUACCAAUGGCAACUAUUCAUCGUCGUGGGGUUCGGCUGGGCAAGCGACAACCUCUGGCCUAUCGUGACCUCGCUAAUCUUCACGCCAAUCGCCAACGAAUUCAAACCGACUCGCCCGCCUCUAUUAACCCUAUCUCAAAACAUUGGUCUCCUAGCUGGCGCCAUGUUUUGGGGCUUCGGCUGCGACCUCUUUGGCCGGAAGAUUGCGUUUAAUUUUACACUAGGCCUUACGGCUCUUUGGGGACUGGUAGCUGCUGGCGCUCCCAACUUUGCAGCCAUCGGCGUGUUUGCCGCGUUCUGGUCCUUUGGUGUUGGCGGCAACCUGCCUGUGGAUUCGGCUAUAUUCCUCGAAUUCCUCCCCGCUACUCAUCAAUACUUGUUGACGGUUCUCUCCAUCGACUGGGCCAUUGCCCAAGUCAUUGCAACACUCAUUGCCUGGCCCCUUCUCGGCAAUCUCACAUGCCAACAGGGCGAGACCUGUACGAAGUCCAAGAAUAUGGGAUGGCGGUACUUUAUCAUUACUGUGGGCGGAUUAACCCUCUUGAUGUUCCUUGUACGAUUCGUUCUUUUCACGAUCUUCGAGUCACCUAAAUACUUGAUGGGCAAGGGCCGCGAUGAAGACGCAGUCCGAAUCGUCCACGAAGUUGCCCGGCGAAACGGCAAGACAUCGUCAUUGUCAAUCGAGGACCUCAAAGCAUGCGAGCCCGAGGGAUAUGUUGCUCGUACCGACGCUACCGCUGCAGUCAAGAGGAACUUGGAAAAGCUCGACCUCAGCCACGUCCGUGUCUUGUUCGCGACUCCUAGGCUGGCUCUGAGCACAAGCUUAAUCAUGGCCGUAUGGGCACUCAUUGGUCUCGGUUACCCUCUGUACAACGCAUUCUUGCCUUAUAUCCAAGCGACUCGAGGCGCAGAGCUCGGCGACGGCAGCACAUAUCUAACCUACCGCAACAGUCUCAUCAUUGCUGUUCUUGGGGUUCCAGGUGCGCUCCUAGGAGGGUGGCUGGUUGAGCUACCUUAUCUUGGACGAAAAGGCACGCUCUCCAUCAGCACAAUCCUCACCGGGGUAUUCCUCUACUGCUCGACGACGGCGCUUACGAGUAAUGCGCUCCUAGGAUGGAACUGUGCAUUCAACUUCUGCAGCAACGUCAUGUAUGCAGUUCUUUACGGCUUCACGCCAGAGUUGUUCCCCACUCCCCAGCGCGGUACUGGCAAUGCUUUGACUGCGACUUGCAACAGAAUCUUCGGUAUCAUGGCACCUAUCGUUGCCAUGUUCGCCAACCUCGAGACAUCUGCGCCAGUGUACACGAGCGGCGCCCUCUUCAUCGCAGCAGGUGUUUUGGUGCUGAUUAUGCCUUUCGAGUCAAGAGGAAAGGCAGCUUUGUAA